AUCGGAGCUCGCCGGAAGGAACCGCUCGCCCGCCGGAAGGAACCGCUCUGUCGGUGGGUCGGUCGCCGGGGGUUGAAGAUGCAGUAUAACAACUUGGGGCGGUCGGGGCUGAAGGUGAGCCAGUUCUCGUACGGGGCGUGGGUGAGCUUCGGGAACCAGCUGGACGUGAAGGAGGCCAAGUCGCUCCUCCAGUGCUGCCGCGACCACGGCGUCAACUUCUUCGACAACGCCGAGGUCUACGCCAACGGCCGCGCCGAGGAGAUCAUGGGCCAGGCCAUCCGGGAGCUCGGCUGGCGGCGAUCCGACAUCGUCGUCUCCACCAAGAUCUUCUGGGGCGGCCCCGGCCCCAACGACAAGGGCUUGUCCCGGAAGCACGUCGUCGAGGGCACCAAGGCCUCGCUCAAGAGGCUCGACAUGGACUACGUCGAUGUGAUCUAUAGCCACAGGCCUGAUUCUUCCACGCCUAUUGAAGAGACGGUUAGAGCAAUGAACUAUGUCAUUGACAAAGGGUGGGCCUUUUACUGGGGAACUAGCGAAUGGUCGGCACAGCAGAUUACUGAGGCUUGGGGGAUUGCACAGAGGUUGGAUAUGGUGGGGCCGAUUGUGGAGCAGCCAGAGUACAACUUAUUCUCUAGACAUAAGGUCGAGUCUGAAUAUCUACCCCUCUAUACCAACUAUGGCUUGGGUCUGACUACGUGGAGUCCACUUUCUUCUGGAGUGCUCACCGGGAAAUACAACAAGGGAACUAUACCUCCUGAUAGCCGCUUUGCUCUGGAAAACUAUAAAAAUCUUGCUAGUCGUUCCUUGGUUGAUGAUGUGCUGAGGAAGGUCAAUGGACUGAAACCAAUUGCGGAUGAACUUGGGGUGCCAUUAGCUCAGCUUGCUAUUGCGUGGUGUGCUGCAAAUCCUAACGUCUCAUCUGUUAUUACUGGUGCAACCAAGGAGUCCCAGAUUCAAGAGAACAUGAAGGCUAUUGAUGUCAUCCCCUUACUGACUCCUGCUGUGAUGGAAAAGAUCGAAGCCGUCGUUCAAAGCAAGCCAAAGCGCCCCGAUUCAUUUAGGUAGACAAUGGAUCUCCACCCGAUAUCUGCCUAUGUGCAGCCAACUCAAUUGUUUGGACAUUCUUAGUGCCGAUUCCUUCUCCAUAUGGAGCAUUUGUGUGUAGUUUUCUCUGGAGCAUUUGUUGGUAUGGUGUAUUUGGACCCGGGUUUGGUGUUCUUUUCAUUUGUGGGGAGCAUGAGGGAUUGGUUGGUGGUGGACAUGUUUCCAUCUCGUGGAAACAUGGAACUAAUGAACAUGUUGGGUUGUUGUAGA